GCAAUUUCCUUAGAAUUGGUCAUUCAACAGAGACGACACUCUAAUCAGUUACUAAAAUGUCGAAAAAAAAGUUUAGAUAAAGAUGAAUUUGUGUUGGCAGUAUUUCUAGACUUAAAAAGAGCAUUUGAAGCAGUUCACAGUAAACUUAUUCCAGUUGUGCGUCAUCUUUUCCAAGGAGGACCAGAUGCAAAGAAAAACGGAACGGAGUAUAUAAAAAUAAUCAAAACUGUUCAUGAAAUGUUGCGAUUCUCAUAAAUUUGACCUUUGUUGUAAACUUUAUCAAACAAUAAUUAAAUUAAUUAAAUCUAAUUCCCCUCUGAACAGAAAUGUUUUCAAUUUGUUUAUUUACCAAUAAAAUACAUGCGAAUGUUUAUUAAGAAGCAAAUUAAACAUGACCUAAAUUAAUUGGAUGAUCUCAUUCAUUGGGGCAUGACCAUUUCUAUGACUAAUCCCAACAUCAACAUCUGUUUUUGACAGUUCAAAAGGGGCUCAUGGCUGCGACGAGGGGCUCUCCCGACGACGAUGGCUACAAAAGGUUUUCGGAGGACAUCAACAAUGUUAACGUUACCUACGGAGCAGCUACUUCGAAUCCUAUUGAUGAGAUGGGAAGCAGAUCGAGCUUGUCCAGAGACAUGGACAGUGCCGACGUCGACCAUUGGGAAAUGAAUUACCACGAAGCAGCUAUCUUUUUAGAGGAAGGCGAAAAUAAUGAAAAAUUCGACUCUCAUCCCAGACAUCCCUCAGCCCUACCAGCUUACCUCUUGGUACACAAUAAAUGGUACUACGGCCUGGACCUAUUCUUUUCCAUAGUACUAUUACUACUAGCGCUAGUGGAAGAUCCCGCCGUCGAAAGAUUCGAGCUACCAGCAAUAAUUCAUAGUACUUUAGAGUUAGUAUGUUUGGGUGUAAUCGGUAUCGAAUUAGCACUCAAAUUGCGAUGGAUUGGAUGGUCAACUAUACUAAAUCAUAAAAGGACUAUGAUCAAAUGUGUAACUUUGAAGAUAAUGGUAGUGGAAGCUAUUAUAGUUUUGAUAAGACAGUCCUCCCAUUUUCGAGUUACCAGAGGCUUGAGGCCGAUUUUUCUGGUGGACACCAGAGCUUGCGGAGCCGUCAGAAGAUAUAUUAGGCAGAUUUUGCAAUCGUUACCGCCUAUUUUGGAUAUGUUGGUGUUAUUACUGUUUUUUGUUUGCAGCUAUGCUUUAUUGGGUUAUUUUUUAUUCAGCAGCCAUGAGAAUCUCUAUUUUAAAACAUUGCCGGAUAGUUUUAUAAGCAUGUUUGUUCUUCUUACUACAGCCAACUUCCCAGAUGUUAUGAUGCCUUCAUACAACCGUUCAAGAUGGAGCGCCAUCUUCUUUAUUUCAUACAUAUCAACAGUUCUGUAUGUUUUAAUGAAUUUAAUGUUGGCCGUGGUUUAUGAAACAUUCACCGGAAUAGAAAAAGAUAAAUUCCGAAAGUUACUACUACACAAGAGACAAGCUUGCAAGCUAGCCUUUCGGUUGUUGGUCAGCAGGCAGAAUCCACAUACAAUAAGAUUUAAACAAUUUCAGGGGUUGAUGAGAUAUUUUGCACCUCAAAUGAGUCAAAGAGAUGUGGUACUAAUAUUCAGGCAGCUGAACGUGUCCAAUACAGGUCUGUUGACUCAAGACGAAUUCAUCAAUAUUUAUGAUGGCGUUAGUUUGAGAUGGCGUCACAAGGACCCUCCUGAUCCAUGGUUUUCUGCUGCUUGGCCGCCGUUGAGGACUUUGUGUAGAACUGCUAGAUUGGUUGUGUCGUGGGAUUAUUUCGAGCAUAUCGUUUAUGCUCUAAUCAUCACGAACACUUUGGCAAUGUUUUUGAGAGUUAUGGAAACUUCAGGCAGUUUAGAAGAAGGCGCCAGAAUUUUUUGUGCCUCGUGGGACGCUUGGUUGUUCUAUUCGCUGUUCCUAAUCGAAGCCAUGUUAAGAAUUAUAAGCUAUGGCUGGACCGAGUAUAUUUCUUCAGGAUGGAAUACCUACGACUUAUCAGUUACUUUAUUAGCUAUUUGGGGAUCGACUUUACUCCUGAUGUCUCCUGGAUUCACUGUUGUGGUUAUUCUGAGACCAUUAAGGAUUCUGCGAUUAUUUAAGCUUAAAAAGCGUUACAGAGACAUUUUUGGUACUUUAGUUCUCUUGUCUCCACUUAUGUGGUCCACAGCAGUAGUCAUGAUGGUGAUGUACUAUUUCUUUGCCAUUGUCGGCAUGGAAUUAUUUUCUGAGUAUGAUUUGAAAGAUUGCUGUCGAAAAUCUACUGUUGAGCCUUUCUAUAAAUACUCAAAUACCACUAAUUCCGGUAUUGCCUAUUACUAUCUUAACAACUUUUCAAACCUACUUACUUCUGGAGUUACCUUGUUUGAGCUUACCGUAGUCAAUAAUUGGUUUAUUAUUAUGGAUGCUUAUGCUGCCGUAGCUCAAGCUCCAUAUUCAAGAUUAUUUUUCAUGUGUUUCUACUUGUUCACUAUGGUUGUACUGACUAUUGUUGUGGCUUCGGUUUUGGAAGCGUUUAGAUUUCGAAUCCAGUAUAAACAGCAAACAUCUAAGAGAGACGAGGAGCUUAUGCUGCAUGAAGAAGUAUUAGUUGAUUGGAACUCUUUGGAACGUCAAGUUGGUGACCCAAAAUUACUGGAAGCAUUACAAAUGGAUUUUGUAUAUGGGGGUGUUUCAGCAUACAUUGGACGAAGAGCAAGGACAAGAGACGUUUUGCAACGUCACAUGUACAUAACUGAAAUUGCCCAGUGGCUUGAAGAAGCUGAACAAGAAGAAAGGCAAGAUAUAAAUAAUAUUAUAGAAGAAGCCCAUAUCAAUGCUAGGCUGAUAAAUGCUUGAAGAACUGGCAGAGAACCUGAAACAUUCCAAAAGGGUGCCUGCAAAGUUUAAUUAUGAAAUGAACCCCAAGCCCUUAUUUUAAGGAAAAAUACUCUAGAAGAGAUCAAACUAUUUAUUAGAAUAAUAUGUGUGUGAUAGAUGGUAGCUUAUAGUGGUAGUUUUGUGUGAAAAGAUACAAGCAAUAUCUUUUUACUGAUCCAAAAAUUUAAAUCUUACUAUGCUCUGUGACAAGCACAGUCAAUUUCGAAUAAUACAUAACUUUUUCUAUGAAAUACCAAAAAUGCUAUAUUAUAAAACCAAUAAUAUUCCUUUUUGGAUCAAUAAAAAUAUUUCUAGGUAUUUUCUCGAGCAUUAUUAGGACCAAAGACGUGUUAGGAACAAAUAUGUAUUUAAUAUUUUUAGAGAUCGUAGACAAAAGGAAAUAUCAAUACCAAACUAAAAUGCCUUAAUUGAGAUAAACAAUAAUAUUCUUGUCACCUCUAAGCACAAAAAACAAACUUAUUCUGGGUCUUCCUUAUUGUUUAUGAGCUUUAUUUAUUUAUUGUUGAGUGAGCUUUAGGUUGCGUAUAAAAACCAUUCGCAGGAUCUUUAUGGAAAAUGAUUAAACAUUUUGAUUUUAGGUUUUUAUAAUCAGGAAAAUUGUCUGUCCCUUCUGUAUUAUGCCUGAUUUGAAAUACCAACUAUUUAUUUUAAACGCAUACUGACGAUUCUGAUGGUGGUUUUAAGCUGUUAGUUUUAUAAUUAAUUUAUCUUUUUUUUUCUAAAGAAAUCAAUUUCUUUUUUAAAAACUAGUCUUGAUUAUAGAAACUGUUUUUUUAUUGAAUCAACUACUACUUAUAAAAAAAACAUAUUGCUAGUCUAAUGUAGUUCUCAUUUUCCAGUAUUAAUUUAUUUUUUACCAUUGUUUUGUUUUCUUUGUUAAUAUGUAUUUUAUAGUGAUAUACUUUAUGUUUUAAUUUAUACAUGUAGGUACUAAUAAAAUAGAUUAACAAAACUAAGAUAUUUGU